ACUUGCUUUACUAUCAACUAAGUUGAAGUUAGUUGAGCCAGCAGUUUGGGCCUUGCGCUGCGCGUGAAGUGUUGGAGGUUGACACAGCAGUGCGACCGUAUUUUAAUUAAAAUUCAACAAGAAAGUAAAAAAAUACGAUUAAACAUGAGCGCGUCACGUUCGCGUCGUGUACAAGCUCAAAGAAAGUUUGCUCAGGGUGCGUAUGUACCUCCAAUGGCACCAGCGGCGGCAGCCGCGGAUAACAGACGCGACGCUGUCCAAGACGCGCGCAAUGUGACCAUCAAUAACAUGACUGCAUCGAACUUACUUGACGUCGUCUCACUUCAAGGUCUUCAUACUCACUUGCAACCUGUAGUCAUUGUUGAGAGACUCCGUGAAACAAACCAGUGCAGAGACGAAAUAGAAAUGGUCACUAAACCUCGUGAACUUGUUAUGGACGAGACAGAUGGUCCCCUUUCUGUGGGCAAUGAAUAUAAUAAAGCAGAUACGCAACUGCGAUUAAGGGGAAGUUCUAUAAGCAAUAAGUCGUCUAGUCUUGAUGAUGUAAAUUUCUGUAAUGAAGGAGAUAAAAACUACACAAAUGGCCAUUUAAUUGAAGAAAGUGAUGGAUCUUGUCCUCUUGUAGACGACCAAACCUUAAAGAACUUGAUUCAAUCUAAAAGUAGAAACCAGGUACCUGAGACUAAUGAACAACAUAAGUCAACUAAAGAUGUUAAUGUCACAGAGCUUUACGCUGUGGGCAAAGAGUCUAGUGGGAAGAGCAAACUACUUAUUAAGGCAUCCAGUACUAAAUGCAAAUCAAACACUAAAGGAAAAACCUGUACUAAAGAUAAAACCAGUAAUAAAGGUAAAGGAUCCCGUGCUAAGGGUAAUGGCGUUAGUGAAGUAUUCAGUAAUAAGGGAAAACAGCCCAGAAUUAAUGACGAUAAGUCAUUGGCCUCUGUCCUGCGGGCCUUGCAAAAGAAGAAAGAUAAAAGCGCACAAAAUAAACAUGUAAUGUCUUUGCGCCAACGGCGUUUAAAUAACGGUAAGGUUUGUGCAACUACCGCCAAAAAGUUACGAACAUUGAAAGGUAAAAACAUAACGACGAAUAAAAAGAAAACGGAUUCUUCUCAACGAAAUUCUCCAACAUCGGAAUUCUCGAUCGAUGAUAAUCGCCCACUCACAUACUACAUCCAGAAUAAGAAAACCAAUAAGAAAUCAUCAAAUAAACGAGGCCAUACUAGUGACCCUUCCACUCCAGAUAUGUUAUUUGCUGCACCGAGUCAUCCAAAGAGGAUUAUAAUAGACACCGAUGUGCCAUCACCCCUGCCAGACCUGAUACCGAAUCAGUUACCAAGCCAUCCGGCAGAACCUGUCGCUGGACCUAGUGGACUACAAAAGACAAUAUUAGAGCCUGUGGCCGGACCUAGUGGAUUACAAAGGGUAACCACGAAUCCAGUGGCGGGACCAAGUGGACCACAAAGGGUAACAUCGGCAUCAGUGCAGGGACCUAGUGGGCUACAAAGGGUAACCACGAAUGCAGUAUCGGGACCUAGUGGAUCAGAAAGAUUAACAUCAGUAUCAGUGGCGGGACCAAGUGGACCACAAAGGGUAACAUCGGCACCAUUGCCUGAACCUAGUGGACAACAAACGGUAAUAUCGACAUCAGUGGCGGGACCUAGUGGACUACAAAGGGUAACAUCGGCACCAGUGGCUGGACCUAGUGGACUACAAAGGGUAACAUCGGCACCAGUGGCUGGACCUAGUGGACUACAAAGGGUAACAUCGGCACCAGUGGCUGGACCUAGUGGACUACAAAGGGUAACAUCGGCACGAAUGGCCAGACCUAGUGGGUUACAAAGGGUAACAUCGGCACGAAUGGUCGGACCUAGUGGACAACAAAAAAGAGUGUUACGGAAUUCUGGAGUCUCUAGGCAAGUAUUACAAUCUGGAGCAGAAAUUUGCCUCGCGGCAAAAUGGAGAACUGUACAACAAGUCAUUAAUGCACCUAAAGUUGAAAUGGACACUCGCUGUAGAUUAUGCGUUGCUUGUUCAAGAAUAGAUAAACUAAAACAAUUAUCAAAACUACUUUAUCAAUUUGAUUUAACUGGAACCAAUCAAUCAUCCGCAAGAUCUGAACCUGAAAAUCAUGAAGGGUACGAUUGUGAUGAACCCAAGUUGCCAGACACAGAUACGGGCCAUAUAUAUCUCGACCUGCUUCCGAAACAUCCGCGUCUCAUGAUGAAGCUCCGCAUACACGAGGUCCACGGAAAACAACUUCUAUCGGCGUGCCUGAUACCAAAGAAUGACGCCCGUAAAAAUAAUGAGGAUUUCUUGCUUGAAGAGAAGGAACAUCUAUUAGAUCAACUAAUUAAUACUCUAUCUAUCAGUUUACCGAGUGAAAUGUUAAAAUAUGAACCUUUGAAUGUAAAUACAUUUGAAAGACUUCAAGGUAUAAUAUCUAAUCUUGACCAUCAACACAACCCUGAACGUGCACAUCCUGUUGAGCGACCCCGCGCUAACGUUGAGGCAUCCUGUGCUGCUAAUGUCGAGGUCCCCCAAGCUAACGCUGAAGCAUGCCGCACUAACGUUGAGCCAUCCCAACCCCAAGCUAACGUUGAAAUGCCCCGAGCUAGCGUUGCGGCAACCCAAGCCACUGUUCAGAGUCGGAUUGUUGAGCGCCACACGCUAAACAACGUUUACGAAGAGGGCGACGACGCCGACAUCGAAGCCAAUUCCGAAAAUGAAGUGGAGGAUGACAACUACGACCGCAGAGAAAGGGAUGAACGGAUUAGUGACGAUGACUUAAACGAAUCUAGCGCAGAUACUACUCAGACGCAUGCUGUAGGCGGCGUAUUGCACGAAGGUCCAGUAUUUAGACCCACAAAGGAAGAAUUCCAAAAUCCUUUAGAGUAUUUUAUGAAGAUAUGGGACGAAGCGAGUGAAUUUGGUAUUUGUAAAAUAAUUCCACCUCCAGGAUGGAGACCGAAGAGUCAGAGUUGUGAUGGAAUAAGGUUUGAUGUCGCGAAACAGUACGUCUCUCGUAUGUACAACAGAUGGGGUACAGCAAUGCGAGAAUUGGCUUGUAUAAAGUUUUGUGCAUCGCGCUCUAAUGGCUUUCCUUGUAGCACUCCAAUGGUAAGCAUUGCUGCUAUAAUUAAAAACUUUUGAAAGCAAGUCCUCCGGUGCAUAAUGGUUAGAGACCAUUAUGCACCAAACACAUAAGCUCGAACAAAAUUAUUUUAAUAUGUAACAUGUUGAAACUAAAAUCGAGGUAUUCCACAUUGGGCACCCGUUUAAAUGGCACCCAAGCUAAUGGCACCGAUGAUGUUGUUUUCGUGGGUGCCAUUUGUGGAAUAUUUUUAAAUUUUAUAUUUUAUUCCACAUAUGGCUGGCACCUGUACAUAAAGUAGAUACUUAGGCCUGUUG